CCUCUCUGACGCCGGGGAGUAUACACCGAUCACCGGGAAGGAUACACCGAUCACCGGGGAGGAUACACCGAUCAACACCCACCAGGGCCCGGUUAUAUGUCGACCACCGCCGAUGUAGAACACCGCCGAUUUUAUGCGCCUCACGGUGAAGUAACGUUAAAGCCCGGAGUAGAGAUUUUUUUCUUAUUUUUUUUUUUAAUGCUUUAUUGCUCGACUUGUUACGACUGCGGUGGCACCACCACCAUGACAACGCUCCUCUGGCAUUAUUAAAGCCUGUUUUUUGUUUUUAGCCUCUAAAAACGAGCUGCACACACCGGAGGAGGAGGAGGAGAUAGAUAAGCAGCAGCCAGAGAACAACCACAACCACUAAUCCUCCCGGUGGACGGUCACAUUCACGGCAGAAAAUGGACAGAGCAGCACGAACUGGAUUAAAUGAGAGGGAGUGAAGAGACGCCGUGAAACAAAAGCGAGCCCUGAACUGUUAUGCAUGUUAAUCCGUAUGGUCUUUAUUAUUUGACUGGAAAUGGGAGCUUUAACCAGCAGGCAGAAUAUAGGCGUGGAAGAAGUGGACAUCCCGUCCAAUUCGGUGUAUCGUUAUCCACCAAAAUCCGGGAGUUACUUCGCCAGCCAUUUCAUCAUGGGCGGAGAGAAGUUUGACUCCACCCAUCCUGAGGGUUACCUGUUCGGGGAAAACACAGACCUUAACUUCCUGGGGACCAGACCAGUAGCGUUCCCAUACGCAGCCCCUCCACCUCAGGAACCAGUAAAGACGUUACGAAGCCUUAUAAACAUCCGCAAGGACACGCUGCGGCUUGUACGAUGCAGCGAGGACCUGAAGCUGCCGGGCGACGAGGCGGCGGUUAAAAACAGGUCCUGCUACAACGUAGAGUUCACCUUCGAUGCUGACACGCAGGUAGCCAUCACCAUCUACUACCAGGCCAUAGAGGAGUUUCACAAUGGAGUGCCAGUCUACCUGCCGCAGGACAGCUCUCUGCAGUCUGAGACGGUGCACUUCAAGAGGGGCGUUUGCCAGCAGUUCUGUCUGCCCUCACACACCGUCAACCUCAGCGAGUGGGCCGACGAGGAGCUGCUGUUUGAUAUGGACAAAGAGGUCUUCCCCAUGGUGGUGCAGGCUGUGGUCGACGAAGGGGACGAACAUCUGGGACACUCUCAUAUUCUGCUGGCUACAUUUGAAAAGCACAUGGACGGGAGCUACUGUGUGAAGCCUCUGAAGCAGAAACAAGUGGUGGAUGGAGUGAGUUAUCUACUGCAGGAGAUCUAUGGGAUAGAGAACAAAUACAACAGCCAAGAAUCAAAGGUCGCCGACGAUGAGAUCAGCGACAACAGCGCGGAGUGUGUGGUGUGUUUGUCGGAUGUGCGAGACACACUCAUCCUGCCCUGCAGACACCUGUGUCUCUGCAACGCCUGUGCAGACACUCUGCGCUACCAGGCCAACUGCUGCCCCAUCUGCAGACUGCCAUUCAGAGCUCUGCUGCAGAUCCGAGCCAUGAGGAAGAAACUCAGUCCUUUGUCACCCACCAGCUUUAACCCCGUCAUCACCUCCCAGACCUCCGACUCAGAGGAACACUCGGCGUCGGAGCACAUCCCUCCAGGCUACGAGGUGGUGUCUCUCCUGGAAGCGCUGAACGGCCCCCUCAACACCUCUUCUGUGGCUCCUCCUCUCCACUCGGGUCCCAGCCACGUCUCUGGAGCGCUGCCUCCUUACAGCAGUGAGCCCCACCCGGCACCGGCCCGCUCCCCCUCCCCUCUAGACCACUCCAACUCCAGUCAGGGACUCAAACUCAAGAAGAGUGGUUCGAAGUCACUUUCCCAGAAUUCCUCUGUGCUUCCUGAGGAGGAGGAUGAGAAGUCUUGCAGUGAAUCAGAAGCCUGUCGCCACAAACUCGCUGUGGGUCAGCAGGAGUGCGGAGUGACUCCAGACAGCGAGAACCUGACUCUCUCCUCGUCUGGAGCCAUCGACCAGUCAUCCUGCACCGGAACCCCGCUCUCCUCCACCAUCACUUCCCCUGAAGACCCAGUGAGCAGCAGCCUGGCCCAGUCAGUGAUGUCCAUGGCCUCGUCCCACUCGCAGCACUCCCACAUCAGCACUGACACCAUGUCCUCCAUGUCAGGGUCCUACCUGGCCGGGGCAGAAGGCGAGCCGGGGGGGGACGAGGGGGGAGACGCUGAAGAAGGGGAGGAGAACCAAGAUGCAGCCAUGGAGAGCAGAGGACCCUCGCAGCAAGACGGGGAAUUUUCCAAGGAGCCAAAGGAACAAAACUACUCAGUGGCCGUCGAGGACCAGGACUCGGAGGGAAAUGAUGUCACUGAAGAGGACUGCUCCUCCCCGUCUAAUGGAAAAGGUCUGAUGUACCUCGGGGGCUACAGGCCUGUCUUGGAGCCCCUCCCCCACCACACCUCCACCAGCAAUAUUAACCUGGAGGAGCAGGGGGCGGAGAACAGGGACGGCCAGAGUCCUAAACACCCUCGCCGUGGACCACUCAUCGUGUAACACAUUAACAAACACAAACACACACUUACACACACAAACCUAAAUGUAUCCGUCCAGAGUCAGCUCUUCUUACCCUGCCAUAGUGCUGCGUCGCUGGAAACUGUACUCGCUGAACAGGGAACCCCCCACACACCUCCCCAAUCCUCCACCUCCUGUCUAAACAUCUCCCCACGGACUGAACAUGAUUGUCGUUGCUGGCGCUGAAACUCUUCUCGAGUGGAAGGAGGAGGGAAGAGGAACAGAGCGGCAUCACCUCGCUGUCAUCUCUGCACUUUUUAAUCUCACAGAAAUUUCUUUUUUUGUUUGUGACCUAACUCAGUGUGGGAAUGAUUAGCCUACUGCUACGUUAUUAUUUAUUAUUACCUGUAGGUCUUACUAAUGAGAGCUGUGUAUCGUGACACUUAUCUUUAGAAAAAAAAAUACAUGCUGCUCCUCCUCUUCCUCUUCUACUUUCCUCUACUCUCUUACCAGCCAAACAGUCAGGGGCUACUGUGAUCGGCAAUCGGAUUUAUUACUAAUGUACUCUUCUACUUCUUCUUCUUCUUCUUCUACUUCUCCUCCUCCUAUACUGUAUGUUGAAUGACUGGUCAUAAUAUUUAAAAAACAAAGUCAGCUCACACCGGACUACCUUACCGAACUAUCCUCGGAUCAGGGAGCUCCAGUCUUGGACUUUUUCUCUCGCAUGCAGCUUUUUUUCCCCCCAACUUCUUUUCAACUGAUGUUUUUUUCCCGCCACGACACGACCUUCACUCGACAACCUCUGCUGAAUGUGAAGCCGGGAUAAGCCAAGCGAAGUGGCGGGGGCGGACGAGCCAAGAAAACGGCGGCCAAAUAUUUAAGAAAAAAAAAAAGAACAGAAAUGGACUGAAAAAGAAAAAAAAAGACACAUUACACGGAAUGUAGGACGAUGAACUCAAAGAAAGGGAAUGUACACAGCAUUUAAGUUGUCAUCUAAACUGGAAUUAAAAACUUUAAACUCCUUACAACACACAUCCCACCCAUUUUUACCCACCAUGCCAUUCUGCAGCUCAAUGUUUUAGCAUGUCAGUAUUAUCGUAGUGCAACUGGAAAUCAGCAAGUACCACCGAGCAAUAAAGAUGCCCUCCUCUUCUCCUGCAGGUAGACGCUCCUCCUUUUGCAGUCCAAACAAAGGCUGUUUGCACUGGCCUGUUACAUUCACCAAUUCUGAUCAUUCAACCUGUUUUUAAUUGUUAUUUUUUAAAUUUUCAUUUCGCCAUCGUAUGGAUACGAUUCACGCCAGUGAAUAUGAAAACGUGCGAUUUAGCUGGCAUUUUUGUUCAUCCUCAUUAUCAUCGCACCCUCCUCCUCUCUUAUUAUUAUUAUUAUUAUUAUUACUAUCAUCAUCAUCAUCCCGACGAGCCCUUUUCUCCUCGUCUGUGAAACUUUUAGUUGUUUUUUUGUUUUGUUUUUGUAUAACUUUAAUGUAUAGCUCACCUGUUGUUGGUGUUCUCUGUUUUCUGUGUUUUAAUUUGUUGCAAAACACUGUUGUUUAUUAGAAUGUGGAUGAAAAAAUAUGUGAAAUAUUCCUAAAGGUUUACACACACACAUACACACACGCAUACAUAAGCGGGCGCUCACAUAGCGAAUAAAACUGAAAAAGGGACGAUAUCAACAUUUAAUGCACUAUUAGCUGUUUCCUAGACGACACACUUUGCGGUGCAUGAGGCGAUAGUCGAGUAAGCAUGUUAGUCUAGGUCGGCCUGCACCCCUCCUGUAGAAUACUUGAUGAUGGAUCACUGCACACACCUGAAGUGGUACCAUAUCCUUCUGUAGUGUUAUAUAUCGGUUGCUGGCACCCUAUUCCCUUGGCCCCAACUGCUGAGGUCAAGAGUACUGCAUUAACUAUAUCCAAGCUGCAUACAGUCAUGUGAUCACAGUCCGAAUGUGUAGACGAAGCCGUUCUCUGGCACCGGUCGCAGUAUGAUAUCAAAGGAAUGGGUCCCAAAUCCGCAAAGACCCCACUUUUCUAGAAUUAUGAGUGAAAAUGAUAAAAGAAAACAUAAAACGGACA